UAACAAACUUCUCCUGAACAGCAAACACAUUGGACUCUCUCUCUCUCUCUCUCUCUCUCUCUCUCUCUCUCUAUAUAUAUAUAUAUAUAUAUAUAUAUGUUGUGUUUCCUAUAAUUAAAUAUGGCGAGUUGUGAUUCUGGGAUCAAUCAGAAGGCCAUGACGGGAGAAGGAAGAGGAGGAGAUGAUGAUGAUCAGGCUACUACUCCAUUGAUUCAAUCAACAGUUGCGGCAUCGUCGUCCGAUGAACCACGUCCACCUGAUCCUCCCCUCAAGAAGAGAACUGGGAAUGUAUGGACGGCGGUGGCUCAUAUAAUAACUGGAGUGAUAGGGUCAGGUGUGCUGUCGCUGGCCUGGUGUAUGGCUCAGCUUGGUUGGAUCGCAGGUCCAUUGGCAAUGCUGUUCUUCGCGUUUAUCACCCUUCUCUCCACAUUUCUACUCUCCAACUGCUACAGAUAUCCUGAUCCAGAAUACGGCCCUGCCAGAAACCGCUCAUACUUGGAAGCUGUUCAGGUGAAUUUGGGAGAAAGAAGUGCAUGGAUAUGUGGACUUGUUGUACAAAUAAGCUUGUACGGGAUCGCCAUUGCCUACACCAUUACUUCCGCUAUCAGCAUGAGAGCAAUACAGAAAUCAAACUGUUACCAUGAAUAUGGGCAUGAGGCGGCAUGUGACUUUGGAGAUACUUAUUAUAUGCUAAUAUUCGGUGCAGUGCAGAUCAUAAUGUCUCAGAUACCCGAUUUCCAUAACAUGGAAUGGCUUUCUGUCGUUGCUGCAAUCAUGUCCUUUACCUAUUCUUUCAUAGGAUUUGGACUUGGCUUUGCAAAAGUUGUAGGAGAUGGAGUAGUCAAGGGUAGCAUUGCCGGAAUCGCAACUUCUACUGCAGCUCAGAAAAUGUGGUUAGUUUCUCAAGCACUUGGGGACAUCGCCUUUGCCUAUCCAUAUUCUAUUAUUCUCAUUGAGAUACAGGAUACUUUGACGUCACCCCCACCAGAAAAUGAGACGAUGAAGAAGGCCUCAACAGUAGCAAUAUGCAUCACAACCUUUUUCUACCUCUGCUGUGGAGGCUUUGGAUAUGCAGCCUUUGGGGAUUCUACUCCGGGGAACCUCUUGACCGGCUUCGGAUUCUAUGAGCCAUAUUGGCUUAUUGACUUUGCUAAUGCUUGCAUUGUUCUUCAUUUAGUGGGAGGUUAUCAGGUAUACAGUCAGCCAGUAUUUGCAGUUGUCGAAAAAUGGUUCACCUGGAAGUACCCAAACAGUGGAUUCGUGAACGAUGAGUACACUUUGAAACUCCCCUUGUUGCCGACUUUUAGACUAAGUCUCCUCCGGCUGUGCUUCCGAACAACUUACGUUGUAUCGACGACUGUAAUCGCGAUGAUCUUUCCAUACUUCAACCAAGUUUUGGGAGUCAUAGGAGCCAUGAACUUUUGGCCAUUGUCCAUUUAUUUUCCAGUGGAAAUGUACUUCGUGCAGAGGAAAAUUGGAGCUUGGACGACAAAAUGGGUGGUUCUUCGCAUUUUUAGUGUCUUUUGUUUGCUUGUGACUAUGUUUGCCUUGGUUGGGUCAAUUGAGGGACUCAUUACAGCUAAAUUGAGCUAAGAUUUAUUUACUCAUCGCAGAACACAUGAUAGUUCAAAGGCUAUGAUUCUUAAUAGUGGGGAUCACAAGGAACAUAACAAGUUAAUGACAUUGUAAUGUACUGUAUUUUUCUCAAGUAGUAAAAGGGAAAUUUUUUAGCGAUGCUCA